CGAGAAAUUACGAGCAGAGCAGUGUACUAGUCUUUAUGCUCAGAUUCAUCGUCCAGCUGGCCCGAUGCUGUCCCGAUGUCGACCCAUUUUGCGAAGUGAAGGACGUUGGGUAUGUCUGCGACUGAGUCACUUCGACACACGCUCGAUGAUACCCUCGACUACGUGGCCCUCCUCGUUGGAAAAGACGAAAUCCAGAACUAUCGUCUUCCGCGACGUAUGUCGCUUCUCAAGGACUCUGGACCCGUAUUCCUCGUUGUAGAGGCCAAAGUUCUUUCGUCCCGCUUAAUGGACCAUCUACCCCAGGCAGUGGUUAAGAUGAUGGCUUGUGUGAAGUCUUUGAACCAGAAAUAUCUUCGCGGUGUACUGACGAACGGGCAAAUUUGGAUCUUCGUCAUCGUCAUCACCAAAUCGGACCUUGAACGCCCUGGCGAAGGUUAUUACUACUUCUCCGAACCUAUUGAGUUGAAGAGGAAUAAAAGAGAGAUCGACGAGGAGUCAGCCAACACGAUCUCCGGGAUUCUCGCUAGCUGGAAACCAUACCAAUGCUGCGUACGGCUGAACCGCUCGGAUGUCUCACUCCACCGCACUCUCCGAGCCAUCCUCACAUUUUCUCGCAGCAUGUCUCACAUUUUUCAUAGGAGCGCUCUCUGUGCCGCAGGACUCGCCGUCGCGAUAUAAUACGGAUCGUCGCCAUGCUUCCCGUCA